AUGGAAGUCCAAAAAAUAAAUACCAUAUUAGAUGAAUGUUCCAAGAUUGAAUACUUAGAAGAUAAAAAAUUAAAAUCCCUAGUCCUAGAAGCUGAAAAAACAUCAGUAUAAAUUUCAAAACUAAACAUUUAAGACACAAAUUGCCCUUAAUGUUUAUACGGAGAAUAAUAUGGAAAUAAUAUAUUCGACUACCCUUAAGGACUUGAGAUGUAUUUGAUGGAAAAAAAUGGGCGAAUCUAAAUGGUUUUUGACUAAACUAAAAAAGCGUUUGUUUUAAAAAACUGGGCUUCUGGUUAAGAUUUAAACGCUUAAAUAUUACUAAAAAUGAUUGAUUAUGAUUAAAGGUAGACCUAUUUUGAUGAAGAAGAGGACUCCUAUAUAAAAGAGAUGUAAAUCGAAAUAAACGUCAAUAAUUCAUCUGUAAAAAAUUAAUAUUAGAAAGUAGCAGGAAACAACAUAUAAAAAUACAACAAGAAUCUACGCGGCUUUCUUUUUGAUAAAAUCAUUUUCGAAAAUUUACCCAGUAAAGAUUCUUAUUUAGAAUUAUAAGCCAUAAGCUAAGAAAUAUAAAAGGGAAGUUCUUUGCUUUAUAAGUAUCUUUUUUAUGUCUAAAUGAGAGAUUGUGAAUUAGGAGAAGCUCUUAUUUAAGGAAAAUGCAUUAAAUGUUAAGAAGCUACUUUUAGCAUUUAAAUGGACUCUACUGAAUGUAAAAAAUGUACUCUUAAAGAAAUAUAGGAAUGCGUUGAUGGAUUUAAAAUUAAAAUUUAUCCAGGAUAUUGGAGAAAGUCUUUUGACUCUGAUAUUAUUAUUGAAUGUAAAAACUUAAUUAGUAAUUGUUUAGGAGGAUUCAAAACAGGAGAUUAAUCAUGUGCAGAAGGACAUAUUGGAGCCCUUUGUGAAAGUUGUGAUAUUUAUGGAAAUGUUUGGGGUUAAAGUUGGGCGAAUUCCAGUCCUUUUAAAUGCGGAUUAUGUAGCGAAAUCAACUAUAAUAGUAUAAAAGUGUUUGCUAUAUCUAUAUAUACGCUUAUUGCUUUACUUUUUUCUGUAAAGAGUGCUAUGCCUUCUAUUAUUAAUUAGUAUAUUUCUCUAGCCUCGUGUAGAGAAAUAGGAGAUUUAAUGUAUGUUAAAUAAAAUACAGCAUAUGAAUGUUACACUUAAAAUCAUAUUAAAUGGAUAUUCUCCUUGGUUAUUCCUGUACUUUCUAUUAUUGGUGUUAUUAUUCCUUUAUAUUUCUUUUAUAAUCUUUAUAGGGGAAAAAGUAAAUUAGAUUCCCCUUAAAUGAAAUAUAAAUUAGGUUUCUUAUAUAUUGAAUAUAAAAAAAAUGCCUAUUUUUGGGAAAUACUUAAAAUUGUUGAAAAAACAUUUGUCUUAAUUACUAUUAAUUUCUAUGAUUCAAACCUUCUUUAAGGGCUUUAUAUUCAAAAAUUCGAUAAAAAUUCCCUCGGGCAUCUAGGAUUUUUAAAAAAUAAACACUUUUAAUGA